AUGAGGAGGUGGCCAGGGGCUUGUGGGCGGGACCCGCUCGUGCGCAGCCGAGAUGCUGACCGCUCCGGGCGGCCCUCGGAUACCUUUAGGACCCGGGCCAGCCUCCAGACUUCCCAAAAUAGACCCCCGGGCCAGAUGCCUGAGCGCGUCAUGGACUCCGGAGGAGCCGAACGCCUCGGCGGCGGCCCGGCCACACAGCCGCCAUUGGCGCACGUCGCCCCCUCGCUCUUUCUCGGGAACGCACGCACUGCAGCCGCGUCUGAGCUGCUGGCGUGCACGGGCGUCACCCUGUGCGUUAACGUCUCGCGCCAGCAGCCCGGGCCGCGCGCUCCCGGCGUGGCCGAGCUGCGCGUGCCCGUGUUCGACGACCCAGCCGAGGACCUGCUGGCCCACCUGGAGCCCACCUGCGCCGCCAUGGAGGCCGCAGUGCGCGCCGGCGGCGCCUGCCUCGUCUACUGCAAGAAUGGCCGCAGCCGCUCGGCCGCCGUCUGCACCGCGUACCUCAUGCGGCACCGUGGCCUGAGCCUGGCGCAGGCCUUCCAGACCGUGAAGAGCGCCCGCCCCGUGGCCGAGCCCAACCCUGGCUUCUGGUCCCAGCUCCAGAAGUACGAGGAGGGCCUGCAGUCUAGGUCCCGCCUGACCCCGGAGCCCUCCACACAGUGAGCCCUGAUUGGUCAGCCCAACCCCCAAGCCAGACUGGGAGUUUCCUGGGAUGGUGUAAUCCAAGCAUGUCAAACUCAGGGCCUCAGACCGCAUACAGCCCACAACUAAUAUUUUUGCGGCCCAGCCAAUGUAAGGGUAUGUAAGAAAUGUUUUAAUUAAAAUUUUGUAACUUAAUUUUUACAAUAUCCUGUUCUAUACAAUCCUAUAAAAAGGCUAAUAAGGAAUGACCAGUCGCUAUGGUGUGCAUUGACCACCAGGGGGCAGACGCUCAACGCAGGAGCUGCUCCCUGGUGGUCAGUGCACUCCCACAGGGGGAGCGCUGCUCAGCCAGAAGCCCUGCUCACAGCUGGGCACAGCGGCAGUGGUGGGGGCCUCUCCCACCUCCACAGCAGUGCUAAGGUGUCUGACUGCCCGCUUAGGCCCGGUCCCCUUGGGACAUCAGUCGGACAUCCCCUGAGGGCUCCUGGACUGCGAGAGGGUGCAGGCCAGGCUGAGAGAUGACCCCCCCCCCCAGUGCAUGAAUUUCGUGCACCGGGCCUCUAUUAUUAAUAACAAACUACAGCACUCACUAAUGACAUUACUAUAAUUGUGUUGCAUUCAUUUCCCUUAUACACCUUACGUUCAGGUGCACCAUUUGUCUCCACUAAUACUAGCAGGGACUGUUUCAGCAGCCGAUUGCCACGUCAUUAGUCUUGGACUGACUUGUUUGGUGUGCGCAACAGGGAAUAUUUUGCUUUCGGAAAAUAAGAAAAAUAGGUU